UCUUCUUCAUUUGAUCCUGAUUUUUUUGCGAUUCUCAUCGUUGUUUAAAUUGAUAAUUUUAUUCAAAUUUGAAUUUUACUGUGAUAUUUGAAUUUAAUAAAAUAAUGUAUCGUUAUUUUUAUCGACAAUAUAUGCAACAAUAUCGGAGAGUAAUCAAUGUUAUAUUAGAUAAUUGGCCAUUACGUAAACAGCUUGGAUUCUAUGCUUAUUUACCGAUAUUUUUUGCUAUUGGUGCAUGGACAGAAUUUACAAUGAUUCAUAUGCGUAUAAAUGGUAUUGAUUUUUAUUCUGUUUAUAUGCGAAAAGAACGUGAACGUUUAGCACAAGAACGCAAAAGAAUCGAACAAAUGUUGGAUGCAAAACGAGCUGAAUUGGAACAACAAUCAUCAUCAUUAUCAUCGACAGCAACCACAACAACAACAACGACGUCAAAAAUGGUCAAUCAAUCUUGAAUACAAUCGAUCAUUGUCACCAAAAAGAUAAUUGUCAAAAAAAAACACUGAUUUAUUAUCAAAU